CGAGGCGGAGGGCGACGACGUCACGUGGCCGCGCUAUAUAAGGCAGCUCGGCGACGGUCAUGCCACGUUACUUCUACACCAGAGUCUGUUCUUUCCACUCGUCCGAAGUCACUGCAGCGUUGGUUUACAGGCUUCAAUCGUUGGUACUGCACAAACACGGGCAUGAGGUGGGAGCUGGCUUUAACGCUGCUGCUGUGUGCUGCCGGGGUGCUGGCUCAGGACGGAACAGGAGCGGAAGAUCCGGCCGGUGCCGGGGCCGGUGCCGGGGCCGCUGCCGGGGGCGCUCCACGCUACGAAGUCACAGAACCGUCUGAGUGCAAGCAAUACCCUUGCCUUAUUUUCGAAGAACUGUUCGAAAAUCUAGACCUGAAGACAUGGGAGCAUGAGAUCACUGCCAGCGGAAACGGGAACUGGGAAUUCCAGACUUACACAAACAACAGGAGCAACAGCUUCGUCAAGGAAGACAAACUUUACAUCAAGCCUACUCUAACAGACGACCAGUACGGCGAGGAUUUCGUUUAUGGUGGAAGCCUCGACCUGUGGGGCGGUAACGGAAACAACGAUGAUUGCACAGGAAACCAGUUCUUUGGGUGCUAUCGCGAGGGACCCGGCUUCAACCCUCAGACUAGAGAGAAAAACCCGGGUGAAAUCAUUAACCCAGUUAAGUCAGCGCGUCUGAGAACCAAAGAUAGCUUCGCUUUCAAAUACGGACACAUUGAUGUCACAGCCAAGAUGCCAAAAGGAGACUGGCUCUGGCCAGCUGUCAAGCUAAUCCCCAAAUACACGAGCUACGGCAAGUGGCCGGCAUCUGGUGAAAUCGACAUAAUCGAGUCUAGAGGCAACUUUAACAUCACUGGUGACUUCGGUCAGGCUCUUGGUGCCGGUGUCGUCCAGUCGACGCUGCACUGGGGUCCGUACUGGCAAGCCAACGGCUUCUUCAGAACCAUCGCCGGAAAGCCACUGGAUCAUGAUGGUUUCCAUAAGUACGGUGUCACGUGGACAAAGGAUUUCAUCAAGUUCUACAUUGACAACCAGCCACUGAUGGAAAUUAACCCGGAGACAAACUUCUUUGAAUUCGGCAUGUACGAGAAAUUCUUAGACAUCGCUAACCCAUGGUCCGGCGGAACGAAGAUGGCUCCAUUCGACCAGGAGUUCUACCUCGCCAUCAACUUGGCCGUCGGCGGAACAAACGGCUACUUCAGUGAUCUGUGGACUUACGCCCCCACCACGAAGCCCUGGGCCAACCUCGCCCAGUUCCCGAUGAGAGACUUCUGGGAGAAGAAGGAAGAGUGGUAUCCCACGUGGCAGGGCGAUGAGAGCGCCUUCGUCGUUGACAGCAUUCGUGUAUGGAAGAUCGAAGAAGACUAAGCAAAAGAAAGAAGCGCGUGUAUACCUCUCGGCAACAUUCGGAAACCGACGAGCUGGCAUACAUAGCGCUUGAAUGACUCCGAAGAUGUUGCGCGCUAGAAAAUUAUUGUAAACUUAAAGCAGAGGUGACUGUUCAGAAGGAAUGCCCACUUGUAAGCCACAACACCGUUGUCAUCCUGACCUGAAUGGUCUAUCUAUCGUGUCGAGGGCCGUUGUCAGAACAAUGCGAUACUUGGAGCUGAUAUUAUGACAACGAUCAAUUUUAGGGAAUAGAUUAGUAUUACGAUAAAUAAUAACGACAAAGUUACGACAUUUCUCUAAACACUCGUCCCGACACCAAAAAUGAUGACGAGGAUUAAUCUUAGGACUGAUCAUUGUUGUGACAAUUACCUCUCAGGUGUGAGACGACGAUGUGACAAUACGAUCUCGCGACGUUAAUCGAAUGUAGGUGACAACGUGGGUGAAUGACACGCUUAUAGCAACGGCGGAUAUAUACGCAUCAUAUGGUGUACAUUCCUAUCACACUCUCCCCUAUGUGAUUUUUGUGUGACCAAUGCUGUAAGCCAAAGCAGCCCAAUUUAGAAAAAAAACAUUAAUUUCCUAUGGAUGAUCGAAACUAGUGAUAUAUUUCCUUCUAAUCUAUAGAACUUCAGGAAACCUAUGGGAGCGUUUAUAUCACAAUUUUCCUUAAAUCUCUCCGUUUCUCGUACGUUUAGAAAGUAGAAUAGAUGAACUAAUUUCCCUACAACUGUUAUUAAUUAAUUCGACUGCGAUUCGGCGCAUUAUUUUCGAACUAACACUGUACAGGAUGGAUGUUCAUUCAUGACAACCGCACAACAGUAAGAUGGUGGUGUAUAACUGCCGAAUCACUGAUGAAGACAGAUUAGAAUAUUGCUGCGUUACAUUUACACUAUUAAGCAACUUAUUCAACGGAAUUCAACAGGAAUUCCUCGCUGUAUUUCACGUAUAUAUAUAUAUAUAUAUAUAUACAGAAGCGUACCUGCGUGUAUAUAUAUUUAUAUAUAUAUAUAUAUACACGCAGGUACGCUUCUGCAUCGACUUGCUGGUCCAUGCACUACUUGAGAAAAAUCACUCUUGCUAUUACCUGCUCCCAAAUCUUAUCUAACGAUCUUCAACAAUAUUACAAGAUUAUAAACCGCUUGGUGCGUGUAGGCUUGUUAGGGUUUCUACUGUUUUACUGUUACCUAUAUGAUUUUGGAAUCCCGUGUGUAUAUAUUUUUUAUCUGGAGAUAUUAAACUACUACUGUUACAAGAUA